AUGACUGAAAUUCUAAUACUUAUUAAGAUAUCUUUUCAGUUACAAUGGAUAAGUACAUUUUAUUACUUAUUAUAUCUAUCUCAGCCUAUUAAUAUUUUCUGUAAUUCUGUGUUCACAUCUAUCUCUUUAUUUAUAUAUCUAUCUAUCUCUAUUGAUAUUGAUCUAUUUAUCUAUCUCUGUUCAUAUCUAUUUAUCUCUGUUCACAUCUAUCUAUCUAUUUCUGUUCACGUCUAUAUAACUAUCUAUUUACCUCUGUUCACAUCUUUACAUCUAUCUCUUUAUCUAUCUCUGUUCAUAUCUAUCUGCCUGUCUGUCUAUCUAUCACUGUUCACAUCUGUCUAUCUAUUUUGUUUCACAUCUAUUUAUCUAUCUAUCUCUCCUUGUUCAUAUAUAUAUAUAUAUAUAUAUAUAUAUAUAUAUAAAUAUAUAUAUAUCACUGUUCAUAUCUAUCUAUCUAUCUAUCUAUCUAUCUAUCUAUCUAUCUAUCUUUCUUUCUUUCUUUCUUUCUAUCUAUCCAUCUAUCUAUCUUUGCCCAUAUCUAUCUAUCUAUCUAUCUAUCUAUAUAUAUAUAUAUACACUUUCUAUCUAUCCAUCUAUCUAUCUUUGCUCAUAUCUAUCUAUCUAUCUAUAAAUAUAUAUAUAUAUCAUUUCUCGGAACAACAGAAUUCUUCAUGUCCCGAAAAUAGAUUUACAAAACAAGCACUGAACAUUCUGUCUAUCAAACUUACCAAAUUAUAA